CCGCUGCUGAUCCGGGCGUUUGUCCAAAGAGUUCUCUGCUACGUCUGUGCUGCUUUGAGAGACGAAAUAAAGGCAGAUCCGACGGCAGAUCUCCGGAAUGGACUCAUCUUGCCUGCUGCCAUCCGUCCUCAAGGCGCUGCUGGUUUCAGCCCUGUGGGCUCUGCUGAUGGUCCUUCCCGCAUCUGGCGACUCAUUAUUGAGAAGAAGGAACGGCGCGGCGUUCGCUGCAACGAGACCACAAUGGCGCGGUGAAAGCACGAGGCCGCACCGACGGAUGAGAGCGAGGCCCUUGCAAAUGGUAAGAGAAUAGCGAGGCAACGCGUUCAGGUUCAUUCAUUCUGCAUCGGCUGCGCCUCUGCUGUAGGUGACGAUAACGUUCGAGCCGAGCAAGAAGGCGAUAGAGGCCAAGCCGGGCGAGUCACUGGCUGAGAUAUGCGCCAAGAACAAGAUCCCUGUCAAGUACAACUGCAAGAAGGGCCAGUGCGCCACGUGCGAGUCGACCCUGAGGAACGACAAGAACGGCCGGACGCAGAAGAUAAGGCCGUGCAUCUACACUGUGGGCUCCUUGCCAAAGGCGUGGACGUGCAUCGUCAACGGCUGAGUGAGGUGACGGACGACCUGCCGUGCACCCACCCCAUCCAAGAUAGACGAGAAUGUGGCCUGUGGAUGAAUGAUGUGAAGGUGCGGCGAGAGGGGGGAGGGAGAUUGUUUCAUUCAUUCAUUCGGUGGAUAGACAGCGCUUUGACUGCAUGAUGUUGGAUUGGGCUGCUGUGCCCCCUUAGAUUCGGAGACGAUUGAUGGGUCAUAUGGGAUGUAUGGCUGACGACUGACUCAAUCAGUGAACGAGUGCACAUGUGCAUGUGAAUACAUCAAUCACAUCAGUG